UGCUCUACUCACUUUCUCCGGAGACGCCAGUCAUCCUUCCACCGGGGACGCCAUCACAACCAGCCAUGAAAACCACACUGCUGAGGAUGCUGGCCGGCCUGCUGUGCGCGCUGUGCGCCUCUGCUGGCCGCAUGCCUGUCGAAGACUUCAACCUGGAGGGGAUGGCUGGCAAGUGGUACAUGGUGGGCAUUGCCACCAAUGCACAGUGGUUUGUGAGCCAUAAGGGAGACAUGAAGAUGGGCACCUCGAUCGUGGUGCCAACUGCUGAAGGAGAUAUGGACCUCACCUAUUCCAACCUGAAUGCCGAUGGUACCUGCUGGAAAAUGACUCACCUUGCCAAGAAGACAGAGACUCCUGGGCGGUUCACCUUCACUAGCCGCGCUUGGAACAAUGAAAAUGACAUGCGCAUUGUUGAUGUCGUGUAUGAUGACUAUGCUGUGGUCCACUCAAUCAAGACCAAAGACGGGGUGUCAGAUGUUUUCAACAAGCUUUACAGUCGCAGCCCUGACACGAGUGCCGAUCUCCAGCAGAAAUUCACAGAUUUCGCCAUUGAGACUGGAAUUCUCCCCGAGAACAUCAUCAUCCUGCCGAAGAACGCCGAGUGCCCCAGCGCAUGAAGACUCCUUCAACACCUUCAUCCCUCAACAUCCCUCGCCAUCCCUUUCCCUGCCAUCCCUGCAUCUGCCUUUCAUCUCCAAGCAGCGUGAUCUUACCCUCCUGUCUGCAGCAGCCCAACAGCUUCAGGGGAGACAAUAAAACUUGUUUGCGUGUAUCCCUCUGACUUAGUGCAGCACACUGAAGACAAACCCUUCAUCAAACACCAGUCUGUCCAGCCCUGUCUUUUACUGUGGUGUCACAUUGAUGGAAUAAAGGGUCGAUAAGGGGGACAGGGAAAGAGACAAGAUUACUUUUUUUUUUCUUUUACUGUGCGUUUGAUUUUGUUGUGUGUAUUUUUGUUAUAAUAAAACUGUGGAAACAGAAAAGAGAGAGAA